AGCGCCGUGCUCAGAGCUCUCAGAAGAAGAAUUGGCCCUUCAUCAGCAUCUCAAAUUCUCUUUCUUUCCUCGACUUCUCGAUCAAUUAGCACAUUGGUUUUGGUUGAAAUAGAAGGCGGUAGUGUGAAACCCGCAUGCUUUAGUGCAGUGGAAGCUGCAAAAUCUUUGAGCAAAGAAAACUCGAUUUCGUUGCUAUUGGCUGGCUGUGGUUCUUCCUUACGGGAAGCUGCUAAAACUGCUGCUUCUUGUCAUCCUUCGGUUUCACAGGUGCUUGUGGCUGAUUCAGACGUGUUUACACAUCCUUUGGCGGAACCUUGGGCUAAAUUAGUCCAUUUGGCUCAGCAGAGUGGCGGCUACUCGCAUGUGGUUGCGUCAUCCAGUUCAUUCGGGAAGAACAUACUGCCACGGGCAGCUGCGCUUUUGGAUGUUUCCCCAAUUACUGAUGUGGUUGAAAUUUCUGAUUCUCAUCGAUUUGUCAGGCCAAUAUAUGCUGGAAAUGCA